UCGUUGAAACCGUAGGUGUCACUCGUGUUGACGCCGUUCUUAUUGAAUUUAAUAAAUAAUCUGUAACAUUUUCUAAGAUGAUAUCAAUUAGAGUAAUUUUUGUAGUAUUUUGUGCAUUCGUGUUAACUGACAAAGUAGGUAGUGACCAAAACAAUAGAGCCAUUGAUAUUGAAUGGGAAGAAGCACAUCCACCUUUCGAUCCUAACAUAUAUGAGGAAGUUUUAGAUCCUGAGCUGUGUGCAAAACAAAUAGAAUAUUUGACUAUGAACGACACGCUUUUAAUGAUCACGUUUAUCGAGGCGGGCCCAAGAAUGCCCAGAGGAAUUCUUCAAGGAAAUCUUAUAGACCUAGGAAAUUAUCACCAAUGCCUUGGUAUUAACAGAGAAAUAGAUGACAUGGUUAUCGAUGGAAAGUAUUGUCAAAUAAAUAUCGGAUUGUCAGAUCUUGCAAAUAUAGAAGGUACAACUGAGUUGGAUAACGUAAUAGAAGCUUUUGAAACUAUAAAAGAUGAAGUAAAUUUGUAUAACAUAUUACAAAAUAACUUAGAAAUUUUGAAUGGGAUAAAAACAACGAAAACUUCAAGAACGGAUCUAGUAGAUAUCGGAGCUUUGCGCUUUAGUGUAGCUAUUUGUCUUCCAAAACCUUGCUCCACAAGACCGGCAAUUUCAAAUCUCUUUGGAACAGAGUUGGUCAAUUUUGAGGAACAAUUUUGCCGAUUCAAAAAUGACAAACCUUGGGCUCCGGGACUGUAUGUGGCUAUUGUUGUCUUCAGUAUAAUUGGUUUACUGGCUAUUCUUGGUACUAGCUACGAUAUCUGGAAUACACAAAUUAAGAAACGAGAUCCCAAAUCUCUCAAUGCAAUUUGUCUAUCGUUCUCAGUAUACACAAAUUCUCGUCGUCUCGUUACAUAUAAACCAGUUCGCGGUUCUUUGGAAUGUGUAGACGGUAUCAGAGCAAUAACUAUAACUUGGAUUGUAAUCGGGCAUUCAUUUAGUGGUACUGCACCACUUAUAAAUGGCCUGGAGUUUUUCCAGUGGGGUUUGUCAUUCAGUGCCAUUUGGUUGACUUCGGCCGAUAUUGGUGUGGACACAUUCUUCAUGCUAAGCGGUUUGAUGAUUGUCUACACAACUGUUGGAAAAAUUAGCAGUAUGAAACUAUUAAAAAAAUUGCAUUUGUUUUACCUAAGUCGACUUGUACGACUGUAUCCUCUACUAGCCACUACCGUGUUGCUGCAAGCUGGUGUAGCACAUUAUAUGUAUGACGGUGCUAUGUGGUCUGUAGUAGCUGCCGUGACCACAAAUUGUAGGAGAAGCUGGUGGUUAACAUUGCUUUAUGUGCAAAACUUUUUUCGACCAAUGUGUUUAUCUAGUUCCUGGUACUUAGCAAUUGAUAUGCAGUUACAUAUCUUGUCUCCACUGAUUUUAAUCUGGGUAUUGUCAGGCAAAAAGAAUCUCGCCUGGUCGGCUUUGGUUGUUGGAUUGUUGAUUUCUCUCACUGCGUCGUCAACUUACAACUUCUUAAACAAUUUCAUCGGUACUAACACACGACUUGUACCUGAUCCUGUAGAGUUUGAAAGAUACUCGAAAUAUUAUUACUUCAGUACAUUAACAAGAUGUUCACCUUUCUUUGUCGGAAUGUGCUUUGGAUACUUUAUCCAUGUUUGGCGAGAAAAUAACAUUCGAUUAACAAGGAUCUUGAAUUGUAUAUUAUGGAUAGUUACCUUAGCUGUACUGUGGUUGGCAUUCUACGCGACCGAGCCAAUGAAAAAAAUUGGUUAUGAUAACCAAAUUUACGACAACUUUGUGAAUUCCUUCAUGCGACCAGUGUGGGCUCUUGGAGUUGGCUGGCUUGUUCUUGCUUGCGCUGAAGGUUACGGAGGCCCCAUCAACUGGUUUUUGUCACUACGAAUGUGGAAAUUGCCGUCUCGACUUUCGUACGCGAUAUAUUUGUUGCAUGAGCCCGUACAAAUCAUCAUAGUUGGAGCAGCUACGCAACUCCUUUAUUUUUCUGUGUGGAAUUUUUUUUACAUUUUCUGUGGUCAGUUUGUGAUAUAUUUCAUCGUCAGCUUUAUUUUCACAAUUCUGGUUGAUUCUCCAUGUUCCACUCUUUUCAAAGUGUUUUUAGGAAACAGUUACAAAAAAACUGAUUCAGGCCAACGAGGUGAUGAAAAUACGUCCAAAAAUCGACUUGCGAUAAGCCAGCAACAAAACGAGUUACUCAAUGUUCAGAAUAAAGACGCGACAUGAUAUGUUUUGUUAAGUGAAAUAUAUUUUUUAUACUACAAAGGAUUGAUAAUAAAAAUGUGACAAGAUAUUUCAUGUGGUUUACGUGGAGACGUACAAGUACACAUCACAUAGAUCCUUAAAAAUAUAACUUGCUACAUAUUUCGUAGUGCUAGAGCUCCUUGUAAAAGAGUUCGUCCAGGAAAAUACUACAGCCAACUUACCCAUUUCCGCCGCCAAGUAGCAAUGUAAACAUUAUUGCGUUCCGGUUUUGAAGGGCACUGCGUCCGUUCCUUACCUGAGAAUGUGAAAAUCUAGAAAACUCGGACCGACUUUGGAUGUCGCUUAUGCACUAAGUCUGAUACAAAUCCGAGAAAAUGUCGUCAACUUUAUGUAUUGUUAGUACAUUAUGAAGACGCAGAAAUAAGAAGUUUUAAGUGCACUACUCCUGUUGAACUGACUUUUCAGGGAAACAGUUUAUGAUAAUUACUAUGAACUUAAACAAGUUACUUGCUGUUUUUCUUCAUCCCACCGCGCAGCCGUCACCACCGCGUCGGGAUUCGGAUUGGAUGCAAUGUGCAAGCGUUAAUACAAAUAAUACCGAGAAAAUAAUAUUUCGAAUUGAAGGUAUUCUCGAAUUCGGAAAACAGAAUUCGGAUUUAGUUCGCAAUCCGUCAUACAACUAGUAUAGACUACUUCGGACCGUCAUUUCUCGUAUUCGGAACUGAUGGGUACAAAAGCUCUAAGUAAAAUUAUAGACACAAAUGAGACUCGCCAACUUAGGGUGACAUAUGGCUUACCUUUCC